CAGCUGGCUGUUGUUUCCUCGGGUUCACUGAACCCCAGGGAACGGCAUGAAGCUGCGUCAGGGGAGGUUUAGGUUGAAUCUCAGGCAAAGGUUCUUCCCCCAGAGGGUGGUUGGGCACUGAACAGGCUCCCCAGGGCAGUGGGCACAGCCCCAAGGCUGCCAGAGCUCAGAAAGUGUUUGGACAUCACUCUCAGAUGCAUGGUGGGAGUCUUGGGGUGUCCUGUGCAGGGCCAGGACUUGGACUCAGUGAUCCUCAUGGGUCCCUUCCAGCUCAAGCUAUUCUCUGAUUCUGUGUUCCAUUAUACGUGUUUUGCCAUCACACAUGCAACAGUUUGGCUGAACUUAUCCUUCCAGAACACACAGCCGAGAAAAUGUGCUUUACAGACUGUUCAAAACACACCUGGUUCUUUCUUCAUCUGUCACUUGUUUUUUCCUGCAUAGGUGAGCAGUGGGUAUGGAUAUGGACAGUUUUUCCUCAGGCUCUUCCCUGCAGUGCCUUGCCAAAUUACUACAGGAUGCUCAAGAAGAGGAGGAUGAUGAUGAUGAUGAUUCACGCUGCAGUUCUGUUGGGGCUCUGACUCCUGGGACUAUUGGACCAGCAAAGAAGGAGACCACGGGUACUUUUCAAGUGAAAUCUGAAAACAGGAAAACUAUUUGGAAUACGGAGGAGGUCCCAGAAGGAUCUGAGUUUGAUGAUACCUGGGACCCCAGAGAACAGCCAGAGUAUGAGAUUUUAUUCAAGCAGUCUGUGGGAACAGAGGAUGUCUUCUUUGGGAUGACAGGGAAAGACCCCUCCACCGCCUGCUGUGAGGAUAUAGUGAUUAAAAUCAAGCUGCCAGAGACAAAGUACUCAGACAUCACCUUAGAUAUCCAGGACAAGGUUCUUGACCUUCGAACUCCCAAAAAGAAGCUGCUGCUGCACCUCCCCUACCCUGUCAACAGCAAGGAGGGUAGAGCUCGUUUUCUCUCUGAAGAGGAGAUCUUGGAAGUCACCUUGAGACUAUCCAGGCAGUUUGAUUUCCUAAAUUUUGCUGAUGGAUAGAGAGAUAGAGAAAGGUUGAAAAAACUGAUCUUCUGGUUUGAAGUCUUCUUGAAACCCCACUUGUCAUGAAACAGUAAAUUGUUUCCCUUGAACAGCCUAGGGGGAAUACCCCUGGAGAAAGGAGCCAGGAGGGACACGGCACCCACAGGUACUAAAACCUGAGCCUGUCUGGCUCUUGUGCUGCUCUGGUUAACUUUCUGCUUCCUUCAGUCUGAUACAGGCUCUGUGAAGCAGAAAGUAGGAGAUUACAAUUCUGUAAGCCAGAGAAAGCCUUUUGUGUGGUUGUGGCUGAGAGGCAGCACAGUGAGUCUGUGGGCAAUUAGUCUGGUGCUCAGGUACUGUUUCAAGACUUGCAAAUGUUAAUACCCUCCCUUGGUCCCCAGUGCUGUGAGUGGGGCCAGUUCAGAAUCUCCUUUCACCCUCAGUGAGAAGACCAAAGCUCUUCAGGGAUCCAUAUGCACAUCUGAGGCUCCUUUACACUGGCAGAACAAGUUAACCAGCUGCAGUUGGAUUGUUGCACAUCUCGGCUCUUUUGAACGACUUUUGACAAUGUUUGGUUCAGUGUCUUCUGUUCACCUGCUGUCCCUCCAGCUGUUUUUCUGAUCUUUCUUCAUUAAUAAAAGAAUGUGUUCUAAGGAACAGUUCCAGUUA